AUGCUUGGAUUUGCGACCGGCUUUCUUCUAUGGACAGCAGUUCAUGCUGUCCUUACAAAAUCAUCUCCCACGGUGACAGUGCGCAAUGGAACUUAUACUGGAGUGCGAAGCUCAACCUAUAACCAGGAUUUCUUCCUGGGUAUGCCGUAUGCCCUUCAGCCAGUGGGUAAUCUGCGCUUUACUGUGCCGCAGUCAUUAAAUGUGAGCUGGGAUGGUCCACGUGAUGCGACACAGUACUCGGAUAUUUGUGUUGGAUAUGGUACGGACUCGAUUUGGUAUCCUCAGUCAGAAGCAUGUCUUACCCUGAACGUAAUCCGUAGUUCAUCUGUGAACAAAAAUUCGAAACUUCCUGUUGGUGUGUGGAUUCAUGGCGGUGGAUUUUCUGAAGGCUCUGGGGCCGAUGAGCGUUACAACAUGUCUGCGAUUGUGGAAAAAUCGUAUCAAAUUGGCAAACCGUUCAUCGCUGUCACACUGAAUUAUAGACUGUCAGCGUGGGGCUUUAUAAGCUCUAGUCAAGUCUCCGACAGCGGAAACACUAAUCUUGGAUUGAGGGAUCAGAGGCUGGCACUUCAAUGGGUCCAAGAAAACAUCGGCGCCUUUGGCGGCGAUCCCAAGAAAGUCACCAUAUGGGGCGAGUCGGCAGGUGCCAUGUCAGUGGGGUAUCACCUUACAGCAUACAAUGGAAGAGAUGACAAGCUGUUCCGAGCCGGUAUCAUGCAGUCUGGCGGGUCGAUAACCCCCAGUUCCGGAAAUAAUACGAGGUUCCAAUCAGACUACAACACAUUGGCCUCCAAGGUAGGCUGCCUGGAUGCCAUGGAUUCGUUGCAGUGCCUUCGUGAAGUACCAUUUGAGACGCUUAACACUGUCCUGAAUGGCACGGAGGGCGAGUCUGACUACAAUUUCUCGCCGGUUGUAGACGGGGACUUCAUUCAGAACUGGGGGAGUAUCCAACUGAACAAGCAUGCAUUCGUGAAAGUUCCUAUUAUUGCGGGCAGCAACACAGACGAGGGAACGUCAUUCGGACCGACAGGAAUCAACACCACAGAGCAAUGGUAUCAAUAUUUAGCAGAGGGCGGAUUAAACUUCCAAACACCCGCCUCUGUAGCGAAGCGCAUCCUAAAACUCUACCCCGACGACCCAUCGCAAGGCAUUCCAGCAUAUCUCGGAGACCAGCGCGUGCCUUCAAACGGCCUCCAGUGGCGCCGUACUUCCGCCUUCGCAGGCGACUGGUUCAUGCAUGCCAAUCGCCGACGUCAAUGCGAAGCAUGGGCCGAGACAUCCACCCCAGCAUAUUGCUACCGGUUCAAUGUGCGCUCGGCAGAUAUACCAGCCUUUUUGGGUGUGGCUCAUUUCGAGGAAGUAGCAUUUGUGUUCUACAACAUUGCCGGACUGGGAUAUCACUAUGGUAAACCGUUUGCUGGUGUACCGCAGUCAUACAUUGACCUCAGUUCUAUGAUGGCGAGCAUGUGGGCAUCUUUUAUCCACGAUCUUGAUCCAAACCCGGGUGUUGUGAAAACACCUGUAUAUUGGGAUUCUUAUUCCAGGAAACCAGUUGAUCUCUGUCUCAAUGCCAAUGUUACCAGUCGUAUGGAGGCUGAUACAUGGCGCAAAGACGGGAUCAAGUAUAUUAACUCGGUUGCACAAGAUUUUUGGCGAUAG